AUGAUUAACCUCCAGUCAAAAUGGCGCUUCUUCUUCAUGUUCCUGGGCAUUCAGCUGGUGGUGAUGGCGCUGCUGUACCGCGAGGGCUACCAAAAAAGGGUGAACUACUUUAUCCGCAUCUUCCGCAAGCCCGAGCACGGACGCAACGGCUCGACGGUGGUCGGAGGGGACGUGUACGCCAACCUGACGCAUCUGACCAGAGCCCACGCCCACCGGGAAGACAUGCCCUACUGCCCCCUCAAGUCUCCCCUGAUUGCUGGACCCAUCCACGUGAACUUCCCCUCAGGCCUGAGUUUGGCGGCGGUGCAUAGGAAGAACCCCCUGGUGGUGAGAGGAGGGCGCUACAGGCCACCAGACUGCGAGUCCAGGCACCGCACGGCCAUCAUCAUCCCACACCGACACCGCGAGCACCACCUCAAGUUCCUGCUUUACUACCUGCACCCGUUCCUCCAGCGGCAGCAGCUCUCCUACGGCAUCUACAUCAUCCACCAGGCCGGGAACUACACCUUUAACCGAGCCAAGCUGAUGAACGUGGGCUUCCGCGAGGCCAUGAAGGAGGAGGACUGGGACUGCCUGUUCUUCCACGACGUCGACCUCAUUCCCGAGGACGACCGCAACUCCUACGUCUGCGACAGCAACCCCAAGCACGCCGCCAUCGCCAUGGACAAGUUUGGAUACAAACUUCCUUACAAAAUGUACUUUGGCGGUGUGUCCGCUCUGUCUCCGGAGCACUACCUAAAAAUGAACGGAUUUCCAAACAACUACUGGGGCUGGGGCGGGGAGGACGACGACAUUGGAGUCAGAGUCUCGUUGGCGGGAAUGUACAUCACUCGACCAUCGCUGAAAGUCGGUCGUUACAAAAUGAUUAAACACAAGCUCGACCAAGGGAACGAUAUCAACCCCAAGAGGUUCAACAUGUUGGCCAAAACCCGUCAGACCUGGAAAUUGGACGGCAUGAACAACGUGGAGUACCAGAUCCUCUCCAGGGAGUACAACCCCCUCUACACCAACAUCACGGUCAACAUCGGCACAGAGGCGGGUUUGAAGGCCCCUCCUAAGCCGCUGCCCACUCCAGCCAAAGCCCUGCCCAAAUCUGCCCCUAAAGAACCAGCAAAGAACCCAGAAGUCACCCCAACAAUACUAAAAAACAAGAGCAAUGUGGCCUAA